AUUUAUUGCUACAUUACUGUUAUAUACAGGACAGUUCUCAAAAUCUACUUUAAAAAAGUUAGGAUUAUUUAAAAAUUCCAAAUAAUCCAGCCAGCUGUUUUGACACUUGUAUAAAAUUAUUUAAAAAAAUGAAAACAAUUCAUAUCUUGAGGCACUCAGAAACACAAUUUCAUCCCCCAAUUGUGAUUCAUUUCAAAGAGCAACGCAUUUCCCACCCCCAAAUACUUUAUUUUUUUUUUUUUUUUUUUUGCUGGGUUAGGCAUAUAUAUAUAUAUAUUUACUAUAUAUAUAGUUCAAAACUAUAAUGUGUAUCUGAUUUAAGAACAAGGAUUUCAGCCACUUAAGUACAUCUGGAUUUACAGGUAGGCAGCAUAAACAUCAAAAGCAAGGACCAUUUUUUAUUUUAAAGGCCAAAAAACCAAAAAACAACCCAUAACUUUCUACAGGGUUAAAAAUAAACAACUUCCGCAGGCAUCUCCCAUCUGCUCUCCCACCCCCCAUUCCUACAAAAAUAUAAAGAACAUCCCAGGAAUGCUUUGUUUCCCCGGAGAGCUGGAGCCCUCUGCAGCCAACAGGUCACUCCCAGCUGGGACCCUCCCUGUCCUGCCUCUGUCCCCUCUGUCCCCUCUGCUGGCACAGAGCAGCGGCUGCUGCGGGGCUCCCACAGCUCCUUCCUGCCCAGUGCCUGCAUGGUACAAGGUUUGCUCAAAGCUGGUGGCUUUGGUGGCUUGGGAAGAUGUGGCCCUGGCAAGGGGGACUGUGGUGUCCCCAGCUCGCUGCCUCCAGGAGCUCCACGGCUCCCUGGGCACAGCCCAGGGGUGCAGGGCACACCCCAGGGAUGGAGAGCACAGCCCAGGGGUGCAGGGCACAGCCCAGGGGUGCAGGCACAGCCCAGGGGUGCAGGGCACCACCCAGGGGUGCAGGCACAGCCCAGGGGUGCAGGCACAGCCCAGGGAUGGAGAGCACAGCCCAGGGGUGCAGGGCACAGCCCAGGGGUGCAGGCACAGCCCAGGAGUGCAGGCACAGCCCAGGGGUGCAGGGCACAGCCCAGGGGUGCAGGGCACUGCCCAGGGAUGGAGAGCACCACCCAGGGGUGCAGGGCACCACCCAGGGGUGCUGUUUGCCCAAAGGCCUCGGUGCCAGGACACCCCUUUGGAAGCAGAAACCCCUCUGCUCUCCCAGGCUGGUGCUGCAGAUGUCCCAGGUGAGCGUUACAGCCUCGCCCUCCAGCACAGCAUGGGCUUGGCUGGGCCAGGGUGGGAAUGGGGAGCCCUGAGCAGCAGGAGGGGUACAAAGCCAGGGGAACACAGACACCCAUGUGGACACCACGACAGGAGUGCCCUUGGCCCGGAGCUGGGCUGCAGAUGGACACACAAGGUUUGGCAGAAGGUCACGAGGAGCCUGCACCACCCUCCUAAGCAGAGCCCCCUCCCCAUGGGAGUCCUGCAGGCCAAGGCACAGCAGUGCUGGCUCCCCCAAAGGGCUGAAUUGUCCUGGAAAUCAAAGUACAGAGCACCCCAAGGGCAGGGAGAGGCAGCUGUGCUGUGGGACACUGGCAGCACCCACCCCAGGGCUGGCAUGGGCUGCCCCUCUGCAAAGGGAAACAGCUCAGAGAUGCUGGCUGGAGAGACUGGGGGGCAUGGGAGGAAGGAAAGCCCCCCUGCAGGCUGAAGGAAGAGCAGCCCCAGCCCAGCCUGAGGCUCAGGUGCUGGGACAGGGCAGUCUGGGCAGCAGCUAGGUGGAACAGAGCUUCUCCUGUCAGGGGGCUGGGCAUGAGGGACGCUGGCAGAGCCCCACCAGCAUGGAGCAGAAGGCACAGGAGGAUGAAGGGUGCGUGGAGGAGCCCCAGGACCAGGCCCUGCCCCCUCCAGCUCAGUGCUCAGUAUGAGCUGGGUGCUCCCACAGUCUCAUCUGCCCCCUCCCAGCUCCAGAGCACAGGUCUCAAAAUGCUUUUGGAGCUGCCAGGAAUGAAGCUGGAGCCUGAGGGCAGCAGGGAGCAGGACUCACGGACAAGAGCAGAGAGAACGGGCUGGGCUGGGAUCUGCAGAGCCCCGGGAGAGGGGAGAGGGAUAAGAUUUGCAUAGGAUUUUUAACAGGGCAAAGACCUUGUGCAAGCUCGGGGUACAGAAAUCAGGCCUUGCUAUUGCUGGUGUUGGGCAGGAAUGGGGGAGUCCAGUGGGCAGGGCUUGCUCUGGGCUAGCCAGCACUGCACGUGGGGGCUGGAGGCUCUUCUGGCCCAGCUUUGCUUCACCUCCCAGAGCCCAGGGGUGGAACUGGAGCUGGCCCAGCUCCCCACUACAGCACAGCAGGGCCUGCAAGAAGAACUCAGGUUCCACUGGCCACAAAGUUGGCAGCAAAGCUCAAGGGCUGCAGGGGAUUGGGGGUUUCCAAAGUCCUGUUUCUCCAUCCCCCACAACUGGAACCACCCAGCAAGGGCCCAAAGGCUCUGCUGGCUUCAGUGGGGACACUGGUGACACACAAAGGACCUUGGGGAGCAGUUUCUGCCCUGACUCUGGAAUUACAGCUUGAGUCCAUCCUUCCUGCAGCCCAGCUCUGGGGUAGCUGUGGGAGCAGGGGAGCAGGGAGCCCCCUGGGGCUGUGAGGGGAUCUGAGGGGUCAGGGCAGGGGUGAGUGCCACACAGCUGGAAUUCUGCUCCCUGGGCUGUGAGCAGCCACCACUGCCUGAGCACCAACCCAUGGGAGGCUGCAGCUGCUUUGCUCGGGGGAAAAAGCACGUGAAAAGGGAGAAAACACAACAAUCUGCAAUUUUGCUGUUCACAGACUGGAUUCCAGAUGCUCCCCAGUCCUGUGGCAUGCACAGCUCGUGUGCAGGGAGGCAGGGGCUGGCUGACAGGGGC